AUGGAGAAAGACUACUCUUUGCCUCCCGGGCCUUGGAAUUUGUCAAGAGCAGAGAAGAGAGAGGUUUGCAAUUCUUUCUAUGGUAUGAAGGUCCCUGAAGGUUAUUCUUCAAAUAUAAAAAAUCUUGUAUCUUUACAAGAUUCAAGACUUCUUGGCCUUAAAUCACAUGAUUGUCAUACCUUAAUGCAACAAUUGCUCCCUGUGGCAAUUCGUUCUGUUUUGGAGAAGCCUGCAAGAUAUAUGAAAGUGCUAAAGGGGUAUGUUCAGAAUCGUACUCGUCCCGAAGGUUGCAUUGCUGAGCGGUAUAUAGCUGAAGAAGCUGUAGAGUUUUGUACCGAGCAUUUAUCUGAUGUUAGUACAGUUGGAGUGCCUUCAAGCCAAAAGAUGGGAGUUUCAAAGCCAUUAUCAGGUUGCACAGUGAGCGUAGUUGAUCGGGACCUGUUGAACCAAGCACAUCUAUAUGUCUUGGAGAAUACGGAGGAAGUCCUACCUUAUAUCGAGCAACAUAUGAUCCACAUCCAGACCGCUUAUCCAAAAUUUAGAAAGAGAACAAAGUGGCUGCAGGAUAAGCACAAUAGCACUUUCAUUCAAUGGCUACGCUUCAAGGUGGCUAGCAGCUGGUCCAAACAGGCAGUGCCAUUAUAUAGGAGCUAUCUCAUUAAAGGUAUUAAAUUCAACAUCAAGGCACAAGAUGAUGUGCGGACAACUCAAAAUAGUGGAGUUUAUUUACUUGCACAUACUAUGCAAGUUGCUAGUGCCAAGGAUAAAAACCCAAUUCUCUCAAAUAUGGGUUUCUAUGGUGUCAUUCAAGAAAUUUGGGACCUUGACUACCAAAAGUUUACAAUCCCAGUCUUUAGGUGUGAUUGGAUUGAUAAUACUUCUGGUCUUGUAGUGGACGAACUUGGAUUUACCCUUGUAGAUUUGAGUAAAAUUGGACAUAGGAAUGACCAAUUUGUUUUGGCUUCUCAAGUCAAACAAGUAUUUUUUGUUGACGACCCGAUGCAUCGUGGUUGGUCGGUAGUGUUAUCAAUGCCUAAUAGAGAAUAUAAUGAUGUUAUUGGUGAUGAUGUCUUAGGUGAUGUGAGAAUUGAGUGUGAGCCAUUUACUAGGGGGAUGCCAAAUGUUGACACAUUUGAUGAAGUGGUGGUUGAGUUAGGGAGUCAAAAUAUUCGAGAUGGGUGUGAAGAUAUAUGGGUUGAAUGA